GGGCGGUCCUGUCCUUCGAGGUGAGUGUCCUGUUACAUUCUCCGUUCGUCUUUUAACCCUUACUUGUUUCGUGCAGGUUCUCCACCAGAUAAGACCCAGAUGAAUCACGCUGAGUGCUUGAAGAAAAGGAAGGCCAAGGCUGCUGCUGCUAAGGCCGCGUUGGCGAAAGCCAAGAACGCUCCUGCCUCGGACUCCAAUUCCUCGGCCUCCGAUGCUGCCCCGGCGAACGGCUGAGGGUGAGCAGCAUUUGAUUGCCACCAUGCUGGCCCAAGGGUCCGGGCCCCCCGCUCUCGAGGCUGCCCUUCCGCCGCCGGUCGUCUCCACGAAGGCGGCUUCUCAGAAGGGGAUAGAGAAAGCCCCGGAGAAGAAACAAAAGAGGGGCCGCGAGGCAGCCUCCACUGGCCCCCUUCUUGAAGACGCCGGCGCCCUGCCCUUGAGCCGCCCGACGGAAGAACUCUGGAGGGAGAUGGCCCUCAAAGCCGGUGUUGAGCUGCCCUGCCGUUCGUCUUCUGAGGCGACCAGCGCUGCUCUGGCAGCUGCUCUUCAGUCUGGGCUCCUAGUUCUUCAGGCUGAAGCUGCCAGGGAGGCCGACCUGAGAGAGGUCAAGGCCAAAGCCGAUGCCGCCGUCGCUACAGCCCGGGAGGCCGCUCGUCGAGCCGAAGCGGAGGCUGCGGCCAAGGAAAGGGAGAUUGCAGCUCUGCAGGCUGAAUCCCGCAGCUAGCUGGUCGGCCUUGAGAGAGCCGGCUUUAAGCUUGUCCCGGUGCUCCCUGCUGCUAAGGAUGCCACUCCGGAGUGGCUGGUUGACACCUUCGGCUAUAAGAACACCGGGGAGUUUAUGGACUCUACCAGAGAUUACUGCGCCGGGGCCUUCGGCGACGUGUUUUCUGCGGCUCUGGUGAAGAUACCGCCCCGGCAGCGUCUGGCCUACGGUGUCCGGAUCCUUGAGAGCUCUCCUCUGUCCCACAAGUUCUUGUACGAGGUCAGCGACAGCACCUUUGCCGCCGGGUACAAUGAAGGAGUUAAGGCCACUCUCCCCAUUUUUGCCAAGCUGCAGGGGGCUGAUUUUGACCUGGCUGCAAAUACCGAUGACGACCUGCUGAUCCAAGCUUUGGGGAAGCUGGGGAGGGAUCGGCGCCGGGAGGAGGCUAAAGCCAGAGGAGAGACCCCAGAGCCCCCGACGCCCGAGCCUGAAGUCGAGGAGGAAGAGCUGAACCGGGGAAGCAGCCGGCCGGGGUCCCCUUUUCUUGUAUAGUGUAGUUUGUAAUUUCCUUGUUUUGAAUAUGUAAUGCCCAGCCGUUAGAGCUGAGGAAUACACGCUUUUUUGUCCAUAAUUCUCUCUACGUUCGUGAUCUCUUACUUCAUUACUUUUCUUUUCUUUAUCGUCUGUUGUGUGGAAUCUCCUUUGGUGCCUCGCUAUACUUUUGACGUAAAGUUAGAGUCUGCGGGGACGUUCAUAUCUGUCCCUCAUUUUGUUUAGGGCAACGGGCAUCCCCUUGCCAUGUCCCCGCACGUACUCGAAUGCGCGGACGUAUCGCGAGAGUUCGUCUACGGGCGCCGAUGCUUGUUUGCCGCUCGGCAACAGUAUUCUGACAGCGACGUCCAUCUUACAAGUGCGAGCAUAUCAC